AAUAAGAAAUGGAGGAGAAGCAGCUUGAUUCUGUGCUGGUGCCCUUAGGGUUGGCUCUAUUUCUGGGCUAUCAUCUUUGGCUUCUCUUCACCAUCAUCCGCAGCCCUACAAGAACUGUCAUCGGCAUCAAUUCUCAGACCCGCCAUAAAUGGGUCUUCUGCUUGAUGGCUGAUCCACUCAAAAAUGGUGUAUUGGCCGUUCAAACGAUACGGAACAACAUAAUGGCGUCGACGCUCUUGGCAACCACGGCCAUCACCCUGAGCUCGCUGAUAAGUGUAUACGUCAGCAACAAGUCGAGCUCACCCUCAUCCAAACUGAUCUACGGGAACAAGUCCCCCGUCAUGUCCUCUGUCAAGUUCUUCGCCAUCUUGCUCUGCUUCCUCAUGGCAUUCCUCUGCAACGUGCAGUCCAUAAGGUACUACGCGCACGUCAGCUUCCUUGCCACCGUGCCCACGUCCCAGGGCAGAAGGGACGCGAUUGAGUACGUGGCGAGGAACUUGAACAGGGGGAGCUUCUUCUGGUCGCUGGGGCUGAGGGCUUUCUACUUGUCGUUCCCUCUCUUCCUCUGGGUGUUCGGGCCAAUACCAAUGUUCGUUUGCUGCUUCAUUAUGUCAUUCGUUCUCUAUUUCUUGGACACUACCACUACCUUCACUAGAGAUCUGCACUCUCAUUCUAUCAAGCAGGAAGCCAUUGCUGAAGAUCUGUAGCCUGUACUUGUUCAUGUGGCACAUGAACCUUUUUCUUUCUAGACUGGUGUAUAAAUGCAGAAUUUAAUAAAACUAUUAGAGGUACUUUUUUUCA